AUGGCUCAGCUGUGCCUGUGCGUUUAUAUAUACAUGAGUGUGUGGCUCCAUACUUCCUUCGGGUUGCCACCCCAGCACCGUGGAUGGCUGCGGCUGUGGGAGGAGGGCGAGGGCUGCAGGGAGUGCAAUCAGCACCUUUGCCCCCCAGUCCCCUACAACUGUCCUGCAGGUCGGGUGCAGGAUGACUGUGAAUGCUGUGAGCAGUGUGCUAACGUGGAGGGGCAGCAGUGUGACCCGGAUGGAGCUCAGAAGUUCUACGGCCUCUGUGGAGAGGGCCUGAUCUGCCAGAUAAAAAUACCAAAUCGGGGACACAGGGCUGAGCCAGAACCUACAUGUGUGUGUCAGGAAAAGGGCCCCGUAUGUGGCUCAGAUGGGUGGACCUACCCAAAUGUUUGCCAGAUGAGAGAGUCCGCCAGCCACCAUAAAACAACCCUGAAGCUCACUGAAAGAGGACCCUGCCACUCAGCGCCCCGUAUCAUUCGAAGCCCCAGAAACCUGGUUAACUACACCGGGAACGACAUUGUGUUUGGGUGCGAAGUCUCAGCCUACCCUCUUCCAAACCUGAGCUGGAGGAAGACAGGGAGUGACAACUUCCUGCCAGGAGAUGAUCCCCACAUCUCUGUCCAGGCUCGAGGCGGUCCCCAGCGCUACACUGUCUCUGCCUGGCUUCAGAUACAGGGCCUCCACGUCUCUGACGCAGGGGUCUACUCUUGCAUAUCUCACAAUGCCUUGGGGGAAACGUCGGCAUCAGCACAGCUCACAGUGUUGAGACAGGUGGUGAAGGUGAUGAAAGACCGUGCUGAGGAGGAACAGGAGCACUUUGAUCAUCUGGAGGAAGGCAGUGGUGUUGGACAGCUGGCAUCUGGACAUUAUACCUGGGUAUAAUUUAAAUCAGUUUUAUAUGACCAGACAAUUCUAUUAUUCAUAUUUUAAAUUAAAGGGCACAAUGUUCGAAUCACAGCUCAAUUUCUUUAUUAUAAUGUAACAUAAAUCUGCUUUUA